UUCGUCGGUGGCGGUGUGCCGUCAUCGAAUGAACAUUUUGAGCUGUGAACCUUGGUCUGUGCUUGGCUGCCCAGCCCCACACAGGCAAGACGGUUUAGUAUUUUUGGAUCGCUUCAAUAAAUCGGUUCUAUCAGUGGAUUCUCAGCGUGAGACCGGGCAUUAUCUAUAUACGCACAGCGCCGUUACUGGCCACGGCAGAGACGUCGUCGUCGUCGUAACCAGGGGGGAAGAAGAUUCGACUUGACCAUCACCGAUUUCAUCGCCCCGUGUGUGUUUUUGCGUUCCCGGUGCUGGCGGAAACUUCCACUGUUGCCCCGUGUGAGACGGAACGGCUGCCGGUGGAUUGCUCCGGAAUUUCGCGCGUCGCGGUUUGAUUGUAGGUAUUUUUAUCGCCUCCAAGUUCGCGUCCGGUUCGUUCGUUCGUUCGCAGUCGGAGUUGACUGUUGAACUGUAUGAAAUCGGUAUGAAACAGGCACGGGACCAUUAGGUGAUAAGAGGCGAGUAGCGACGCAUUUUGUGACGUUAGUUUCAUGUGUUUCUGCAGGCCCGGAGAUCCGACGCCUCAUUAUCACCCUCGUGUGGUGUGUGCUACUGUAUUCUUCGGGUUUGGCUGUGCUGCAUCAUUAUCGCCUAUCGCUCGCGGAGAUCGACCCGGCCAAGUGUGUCUGUGUGCGGUCAUGUGUUUGUGGCUAGAUGUUUACUGAUCGAGAUUUUUCUCCGUCUACCAAGAAAGGCGCUGAUUUGCAACAAGAUCGGUGUCGGUUUGCGUUACCUUCGUGUUUGUUUUUUCUGUUGAAGCGAGUUAUCACCGCCGUUUAAUCGUGCAAGGCUGAGCACCAGAAGUUUUUUCAAGCCGAAGAAAGCUUCCGGUGAAAGGCAAUAAAAAACUCGUUAAAAUUACCUCACGUGCUAUACUUUACUACUUAUCCCGUCGAGAAGAACAGAGCAGCAAGGUGGAACGGCAAUCAGUUUAGUUCAGGAGAAAAAAGCAAAAUCCCUUAUUUUUUCAAGCGAAAGAAGAUUUAUGCACCCAAACAGCGCUAUACGCACAGUGAUUACUGGAUCUGAAGUCAGCCAGUCGGAGAAAACGGUUUCCUACUUCGGAAAAAGUGAGAAUGUUACCUUGGGAAAUCUAUACCAGCAAAGCGCGGGAUUCGAUAGAAUGAAUUGGCUUCGCCCAUGCGAGCUCAACUGGAUCGGUGGUUGCGGUUUGUGCGGAACAGCUGAUUUCGUGCCACUCGGGCUAAAGCAAACGCCAUCGCAUCCUGCGUUGCCUGAGUAAAAACCCGGAGCGCUCAAGUGGAACAUCACGAGAGAAUAACGGAAGCGUCACUUGGUUUGUUGUUGGUUAACUAUAGGAGCGACUUUCCUGCCGCAUGCAAAACAAUAUCGCACGCUUAGCCUUGGGGCUAAUAGCGGUCUCGAUCAACUAGAUUAGUUGAGAGAAUUCGUUAUCGAUAUUGUUUUUUGGCACAUUUUGCAUGUGUAGGAUAAGUACAACGAUACACCGUGCCCCAGUGCUGAGUCGAGAAAAUUUCCAGCUCGAAAAGAUCCUCGACUCGAUCGGGAAUCGAACCCGAUAUCACAACCGUGUGGGAGAGCUAGCCGACCGACAUCGCUAACCACAGAGCCACGGGGACCACAGUUGCCGCAUGCCCCGAGGUUUAAUCAUCUCUGCCUAGUGACACGACCGGCUGGAGCCGACGACAGGCGGAGGAAUUUCCUCGACCGGUAAUUCAACAUCACCAACGUCGGAACCAAGCAACGGAAAUAAAUGGUUUCCUCGUACCAGAAGGCAACUACGCCGGAGAAUAAAUGAAAAAGUUUCUAGUUUUAUCGUUCCGAGCACUGUUGGCGCGAGUGAUUUCUUUAUCGAGAAUUGUGUAGUGUAGUCCAAAUGUGGGAAAAGUGAGGAUUUGAAAUAAGGAGCAGUCAGUAAUUGAAGCCGCGUUGUUCUCUGGUAAUACAAAAGGGUGCUUAUAAUUUCAACAGGCAGGCAGCCACAGUAAUGUGCAGUAGAAGAAUGAUGAAACGGAAAGCUUGCUGGCUAUUGUGAAUUUUCAAUUAGAUUGUGGCAUGAAAAGGAGAUGAAUGUGUAAAGAAUGCAGCAAAAAGCACAAAAGUGAUCGAAUUUAUGGCUGCUGGGGAGAGUGUUCAUUGAUAAGUUACUUCGUGAAGUAACGCGAAGCAAUAAUUGCGGGGAGAGUCGUGCUCGUAGUACAAGUGAAAAUUUUUAAUUAAACCGUUUCUUUGUUCUGGAUAUGAAAGAAUCAUGAAUGACAUCGAAGUUAAUCGGGAAAUCUAGCUUAAAGCUCAAAAGCUGAUACAAGAGCGAAAUUAUUUACCACGAAAAUCUCAACGCAGUCAAGCUAAUGAGGAAAAGCAAUGAAAUGAAACCAUCCAAUUAUUUUUGAAGCAGUUCAGCAGUUGUUUACUCCUUCCUCAAAACGAGCCCGGAGGAGUAACCCGUGAAUGUGGCUCAAUGGUUUAUGCUGUGGCGGUGGUGGUCUCUGCGGCACCGGAGACGGUAUACUGAAAAAAUCUGGUCAGUGCUGCCGGUCGGAACCAACAGAACAGGAGGAGCUGAACGGUUCCUCAACGGGUCUUCCGGUGGAAGAGUGUGGCGUUCCGGACCCACCGGCAGCGGUCAAAUUCGGUCCGAAGUGCGUCGUGGAACGCGAUCCGACCGCUACGGGUUCCCAUGUAGUUAUGGGUUGUACUCCUAGCAUCCUAUCCAAUAGCAGUGGCGAUGGUGGCGGUGCCGGCAGCACUAGAGACAUCAGCAACCAGCAGCAGCGUAAGGACAGCGGUGGCCUCCACGGAGCUGCAAAUGUAUGCGUCGGAACUGGCAGCGAUAGUAAUGGUGCCAAUAAUAAUAAACUGGUGGGGCACCCUGCUCUGAACAAUCAGACUCAAAUGCUCGGCCCAGGAGGGCCAUUCAUUCGGAAGGAUCCCUGCGGCGGAAGCGGAUCGGCUGGUGAAAUGGAGUGCAUCAAGAAAGACUCAAUCGUGUCAAUUACCGGACUAGGCCAUGUUUCCGUCGUUUCCAACGUGUUGCGAAGGCCCACCGUCGGAAGUAAGUCACUAGCGUAG